UGUGGCUGAUAGGAGACUUUUAUUUCAGCGGUCAUUGAAAAUCAACCCAUACAGAGCCCUGUGCCCCCUCUGUGGGCUCCUCCCUCCUGUGGGCCUGGAGGCGGACCCUGGAUCCCUCUCUUCUGCAGCGGCUCCUGUCCGGGUGCAGCACACUGCAGUCUCCAUCAGUCCUCCGCCCUGCGCGCUCCUCACAGGUGGAACAUACACGGCACCGGCACCAUGACUUUUAUCACAGCCGCAGCUGUUUUGGCCCUGGUGGUUUCGAUUGAAGGCAGUGUGGGACCGGCUACCAACACCAGCUUCUGCACCGAGUCUAGGGAGUGCCUGGAAUACGAGCUGGUCUGCAAAACGGACGAAUACGAAGUGCGACACAUCGGCCCCACUCGCUGGGUGACAACAGAUGCCGAAGCCUAUUUCAUGGGAGUGGGAGCAGCCAUGGCUUUCAGGAGGCUGUUCCAGUACAUCAACGGAGCGAACGACGAAGGUGUGAAGAUGGAGAUGACCGCCCCCGUCAUGGUGAGGGUCCCAGAGGAAACCAAGCUGUGGGAGCCGGCCGUCUACACGCUCAACUUCCCGCUGCCGGCAGCCUAUCAGGACAAAACGCCGGCACCCGUCAACGACAAGCUGUAUUUCACAGAGAUGCCGGAGAUGGACGUGUAUGUGAGGAGCUACGGAGGCUGGAUGCUGUCGGUCACCUCCAGGCUUCACUCUCACCUGCUGACUAAAGAGCUGGAGAGAGUUCACGCUUCCUACAACCGCAGUUACCACUACGGCGUUGGCUAUGACAGUCCCUUGAAGCUGGUGAACAGGCAUAACGAGGUGUGGUACGUGGCCGAAGGUGAACCGGUUUGCACAGAUCCACGGGAGCCCACUCCUGCUCACACUCCCCGGCCCACACCCACCCACUUGCAGGCAGACUCGCCUUCGGAAAUGCUGUCGGAUUCCCCCUACCUCGCUCCAUCGGACCUGACCUCAAACAAAACCGUCAACUCCUCCUCGCCGCUGCCCUCCGGCCCCGAAGCCGUCCUCCCGACCGAGGCUACGGCAAACAACGUGUCCGAGCCUCUCGCCGAGGCCGCGUUCAGUCACCCCCCGUCCUCCGUCGUCGUCUCACAGGGCCCGACGGCCGCCAACGUGUCCGGCCCGCCCUCUGUGAGCCCCUCGCUGGAGCCGGAGCACGACGCCGGCGUGUGGAACGUCACGGCCGGCAGCUCUGCGGACACACAAGCCGACCCUGACACCGAGGUCCAACCACAGGAUCUCCAUUAGCAACACUGAAGCUGUCACAUAUCGUGUUAGCUAAACAGAAAUAAUGCACUUUUUUGUUUUUCCUCUGUCUCCCCCCCCCCCCAAUAUGCAGUCUGCUCUCAUUGUACCACAGCUGUUCCCCUGCAGCCAGAAUAUGUCCGUUCACUUUGUCACUCUAAAGUUAUCCAGCUGCUGCGUUGUAGGCUCGGUAUCAUAAAUGUUAGGUUCCAAUAUAUUAAUCAAAUUGACCCGUUAUGACCGUAAUGGGAGUCUGCUUUACACUGAAAAACACGAUGUAGGGACUAACCACAGUAGACCAGUAUAUCUGUAGAAAGGGAACCGUCCCCGCGGUUGACUUUGCUGAAACUUUCUGUGCAGCUUCUACUUUCUCUGAGCUCCGUCGCCGACUUUCUUCUUCUGCUGUUCGUGUGGCGACGUAUCGGCGCAGUCAUUGUUAAAUGGGCGUGCAUGUUCAACGGGAUCUUUGCUGCAGUGAUAAUCAUCCUAAAGGCAAAAGUUUGUAAGCUUCAUCAGUAAUAAUAGAUUUUUUCUGCAUUAUGUCAUUUAAAUGAGCUUCCAAGUAACAUAGCUUCCCCAAAGUCUAAGCGAAGUGACUGCUUAGAGCCCGCAAAUUAAAAGCUGGCUUCUAAAAUGUUAAGCUCUUGGACAUUUGAGCCUUUUGAUUUUCUUUCGCUUACAAAAAGAAAAAGAAAAAAAUAGCAAAACACUUCUUGCACAUUUUAAAUAAUUUCCAACCUGAAACCUGUUGUAUUUUUCCUUUUCCAUAAUUUAAAAUCCUCAAUUUGACAAAUCACAUAACUUAAGGCCAAUCGGUGGUAAUUAAAGGAAACCUUUUACCACUAGAUUUGGUUGUGUCAGUAUUAAGUUCUUAAAAUACAAACAGUUUAUCCAGGGAGGUAGAAAAAACACCAAAAAGAAUAUCUACAUGCUUUAAGUCUUUCACCUUCAAAAAGUUGUAUCAUUGUUGGAAAUUGCUUUAAUCUUUCUCAAAACUGAGCUUAAAAAAACUCCCAACGCAAUAACCUUUAAUCUGGCUUCCACACAGAAAAUGGAGUUCACUUUCUAAUUAAGGCCUUUAUUGAUUCUUUGUGCACAUAUGACUUAAGCUGAAUGAGCUGAGGUGUUUAUGAAAAAAAAAAGUAAUCAUGGUUUGUAAAUAUAUUAGGAAUGCACCAAAGAUCCCCAAGAAUCAUGCGGCAUCAAACCAAUGCAAUAAAAUGUAUGUAUAUAAAUUUCAAAAAAUCCUUCUGUAGCAAUGUAUCUCAGAGCUACCUGGUGAAAUCUUCUGAGAAGGGCGCAAUAAAGCAAACACUGUUGUCGAA